AAAUCACUUUUCUACCGCGAAUUUUCUUUGCAAUUUGAAGUCCGCUUCCCAGAAAUAGACCCACGACGAUGUAUGACUUCAAAACUGUGUGAAUUUGUAAAAAGGUUAGAAAAUUAAAAAGUCAAUCAUGGCAGUUGCUGGAAAAGUGAAGGCUAUCGACCGACGGUCGGUCCAUCAAAUCUGCUCGGGUCAAGUUGUCCUUAAUCUUGCUACAGCUAUCAAAGAACUUGUAGAGAAUAGUUUGGAUGCAGGAGCUACUAUUAUUGAAAUAAAAUUGAAGGAAUAUGGAAGUGAGAGCCUUGAGGUAUCUGACAAUGGUUCUGGAGUCGAGCAAUCCAACUUCUCGGGACUCACUCUUAAGCACCACACAUCCAAGCUUCAUGAUUUCUCUGACCUGAGCACUGUAGACACUUUUGGUUUCAGAGGAGAAGCUCUCAGCUCACUAUGUGCACUGAGUGAUUUGAGUAUAGUGACUUGUCACCAUUCUGCUUCAGUUGGGACUAAGCUGUUGUAUGAUCAUGAUGGCAAGAUCCUCAAGCAAGUCCCUUGUCCCAGACAGCAAGGAACGACAGUAACACUUCAGAAUCUGUUCUCCACCUUACCAGUCAGACACAAGGAAUUCCUGAGAAACUUGAAAAAGGAGUUUACGAAGAUGGUCCAGGUUUUACAAGCAUAUUGCAUCAUUGCUUCUGGGGUCAAGUUAACCUGUUCCAAUCAAACAGAUAAGGGAAAGAAAUCUUUGGUCGUAUCUACCAAUGGGACUUCAACGAUGAGAGAAAACAUCGCCAAUGUCUUUGGAUCCAAGCAGUUACAGAGUGUCUUGGAGUUUGACCAGUGCAAGCCCACCCCAGAACUGUGUGAGGAGUAUGGUAUUAAACCUGAACGAAUUGAGAAGAUCCCUUUCAGUUUAUCUGGUUUUGUAUCCAAAUGUGACCACGGUCAAGGUCGCAGUUCAGCAGAUAGGCAGUACUACUUCAUAAACAGAAGACCCUGUGACUUUCCUAAGGUCAGCAAGCUGAUCAAUGAAGUGUUUCACAUGUACAACAGGCAUCAGUACCCUUUUGUUGUGAUGGAUAUCACACUUGCCAAAGAUGCAGUUGAUGUGAACGUAACUCCUGAUAAAAGGAAAGUACUAGUCCAGGAGGAGAAAACUCUUCUUGCUAUUCUGAAGGCAUCGCUCCAGGCCAUGUUUGAGCCACGAUCCUCCUCGUACGACGUCAACCAGAAGCCCCUGUCAGCGGUCACCAUGUCCAGCUUGUCCCUCUCCAACAUGUUUGGCCGUAGUCCAAGCAGCAGCCAGGGCAGUGGCCUGAGCAGUAGCCAGUCCAGUACCGAUAGCCCGAGAAGUAGUCAGGUCAGCAGUCCUGGGAGUAGUCUUGGCUGCAGUCGCUUGAGUAGUCAAGGGAGUCCAUGCUCCAGGCCAGGCAGCCAGAGGGAUGGCAGGAGACCGGGGACACUCAACCUGGCCAACCUCAAAAGGUCAUUUUCCCAUUCAAGCCAAGAGCAUAGCGAGGAAGAAGGGAGACAAUCCAAACAGCCCAAGUUGGAUGCCUUCUUUCAAAGAUCUCAAGAAUCAACGGAUGGUUUGGAUUGUGUGGAAACCCUUCAGGAAAUGAGUCCAGAGACAAUGCUCAGUGAUUCCGCAGACAGAGUUCCUUCAAGUUUUGAUGAGAGGGAAUCUUCAGGAACUCUCAAAGACACUGUACCUUCCUGUGCAAUCUCAUUUGACCAUGGCAGGACUGACCAUGGAGGUGCUGAAAGUGGUAGCAUUCCUGUCAUUUCUCUCCAACAUAGUAUACAUCCAGCAUGUGCCGAUAGUGAGGAAGUAGGAAUCUCACCGCUUCAGCAAGGAUCACAUGACCAAUUGUGUGAUGGAUCAUAUGACUCGCCAUGUGAUGAAAAGAGGAGCAAUGCCUGUAAAGUGGAGGUGUAUUCACCUUCAGGAGUGGCCCUGUUGAGGUCAGACAAUGAGAGUGCUCUCUGUGAAUCUUCAGCCAGUGGCAGCGGUGGGAUCGAAUCUAGUGUGGAGAAUCAGGCCAGUAGUGUUCAAGGACAUAGUGAAAGGACCCAAGAAGGCACUGUGCAUGAUACCAUCUCACACGUGGGAAGCAGGAUAGUAGACGAAGGAAGUAAAAGAAUACUUGUUCAUAGAACGGAUGAUGACACUUUCUCAUGUGAUUCUGGUCAGAGGAGAGAGGUCACUGUUCCAUUGUCCAUAGCUGGUCUGAGAAGAGCUCGAGAGCAAAAAGAGAUGCAAGAAAGAGAGCAAGGCAUUCCUGGUCGAACCUUCCGAGCCAAGAUCGCCCCUUCGGACAAUGCCUCAGCUGAAGAAGAACUCAGUAGAGAAAUCAGCAAAGAUAUGUUUGCCGAGAUGGAGAUACUUGGUCAGUUCAAUCUUGGAUUCAUCAUCGCCAAACUUGGACAAGAUCUAUUCAUCAUUGAUCAGCAUGCCACUGAUGAAAAGUACAAUUUUGAGACUUUGCAGAAACACACGAUACUACAAGGACAAAGACUUAUUCAACCAUUUCCAUUAGAGCUUACUGCCGUCAAUGAAUCUAUUUUGAUGGAUAAUCUGGAGAUCUUCAAGAAGAACGGGUUCGAUUUCAUCAUUGAUGAAGAUGGUCGUCCUACAGAGAGGGUCAAGCUAGUGUCCCAACCCUUUAGUAAGAACUGGACAUUUGGAAAAGACGAUAUUGAUGAACUCAUCUUUAUGCUCAGCGAUGCUCCGGGUGUUCACUGUAGACCCACCAAGGUCCGUGCGAUGUUUGCAUCCAGAUCGUGUCGAAAAUCCAUCAUGAUUGGCACUGCACUGAACAAAGCAGAGAUGAAAAAGUUGGUUUGCCACAUGGGCGAAUUGGAACAGCCUUGGAACUGCCCCCACGGUCGUCCCACCAUGCGUCAUCUCUUCAACCUCAACAUGAUGCCCGAUUGACAAACAUAAAUCACGAUGGUUGGGACUAAGGAUUUUUUUGUGCUGCCCAGUUGAUAAACAUAUUCAUAUAUCAUAAUGAGUAGGACUUUAGUAUUAUCCUUGCUACAAAAUGCAGUACUUCUUGUCUUUUAGUCUUACAGGGGCAUUGCGAGAAACUUGUGAUCAAUUGCAAGUCUAUUUUGGGGUUCUAAAAUAAAUCAUGUCUUGCAACUAAUUGGAAAUUUGCACUUGAUUGCUCAUCCGUUUCUUGCAACGAAUGUUGAUUAUAUAGCUAAAGUUGAUUGUAUUAAUAGUACUAGAAAUUUCCUUUGUAUUACAGAUACUUUCUUGAAACACCCCCUUGAAUGAAGUGUUAAAGCCCUGCCACCCAUCAUUCAAAUUUUAUUCUCCUACUUUAAUUAACUCUUGCUGCACUGAUGUCGUACAUUUGUACAAUUAAAUUCAACAAUCGCAUAAUUAUUUUUCUUCCUUACCUUAAAACUGGGAAAUGUGAUAAAUAGAGCAUAGUUCUCAGAUAGCAUCUAUUUGAUAAAUAUCAAUAUCGAUGGUGAAAUCUGGAACUCUAUAUUCAAAGAAAAUAUCAUGAGUACAAUUGUCAUCAUUUUUCCCCCAAAAUUCAUUCAGCAUCCAAAGAGUUAGUGAAAUCAACAAAACCUCCUCAACACACAAAUUACAUGACAUGCUUUGAGUGAUUGAAAAUGUAUUAAGAUUCCUUUAUUUCUCUGAUGAUUAAUAUCAGGUAAUUAGAAUAUAUAUAUUAUAAAUAUUCUAUUACAUGAUUUUCAAAUACGGUAAAAAAUUGCAUAGCCACAGAAAGAAACAAGACUUAAAGGUAAAUGCCAGUUGUGGUAACGAUAUCAAAAUGAGUUCGUACAGAAUCCAAUGAAAUAACAACCAAAGU